ACAGGCCGUGCAACUGUGCAGACAGGGCUUUAAAAGUAUUAUUUGAAUUUGUGGAAAGAAAUAUGCGUGUGAAUAAAAUAUUUGAAUAACAAAUACUUCGAUCAUGCAAACAAUAAACUCGUUAUAAGCAAUGUGAGGACACAAACGAUGUGAUCUUCCGUAGUGUAAUUUUUGUCAUCAAUGUCACUUUUCACAAUAUUUACAGUAUCGUCCAUUACGAGGAAUAUGACUAUGUGUGUAUCUUACAGUUUGAAUUCGCAACGAGUGGACAGAAUCCAUUAGUUUAACAAGUUUGUACGCUCACUUUUUGGCAGUAAAUGCAGGAUUUGAAAUAACAGCAACACCAGGGGUUAGAAUCAUGUAUAAUUCUACCAGAUACAUGAUUCUGUUUGUCAUCAUCGUUUUCCUUGGAACGUGUAUGUAUGUGCUCGAUUAUUAUUAUUUUCAUUAUUCAAGAAUGGAUAUUGAUGUUAACUGCAACGCCAUAUUCCAGGGUGAUAAAGAUGAAAUUCAACGUGCAGAGAAGAUUAUUCAAGUUAGAAAUUUUCUCCAACCUAAAAAAUACUCAGAAAUGACGAAAACCUGCUUACAUUUUAAACGUCUGCGUGGAUAUAUUGAUCAUCAUCUAACGGAAGUUGAACGUGACUUUCCAAUAGCGUUCAGUCUACUUAUUUACACAGAUAUUGAACAAUCGGAAAGACUUCUACGCGCCAAUUACAGACCACAGAACUUUUAUUGCAUACACGUUGACUCCAAAACAGAUGAAGCCAUAUACGUCGGCAUGUCUUCAAUCGCGAGUUGCUUUGAUAACGUGUUUAUGACAUCAAAGCGAUUUAACGUUAGGUGGGGUACAAUGACCGUUCUCGAGCCAGAAUUACUCUGCAUGCAGGAGCUUUGGAAUAAAAGUAUUGAGUGGAAAUAUUUUAUUAAUCUGACUGGACAAGAGUUUCCAUUGAAAACAAACUACGAACUUGUACGCAUUUUACAGGCAUAUAAUGGAUCAAACGACAUUGAGGGAACUUUUAAAAGAGCCAGUACGGAUCGGUGGCAGAGAGCCGGUGCACCACCUCAUAACAUCACGGCUAUAAAGGGGUCUGUGCAUAUUGUGGCCAACAGAGGCUUUGUGGACUUUAUAUUGCAUGAUCAGCGAGCCCAUGAUCUCUUGAACUGGACGAGACAGACGGAGGUGCCUGAUGAAACUUUCUUUUCUACGCUCAACCAUAACCCUCAUCUCGGUGUGCCAGGUGCUUAUUUAGGGGUACCGGAGUCGGACGAUGCGAUCAAGCCAUUCCUGGCGCGAUUCAAGCAUUGGGUCUGGGGUCAAAGAGAGUGCCAUGGCAAACACGUGCGCAACAUCUGUGUCAUAGGCAUUGGCGAUCUGCCGGAUCUGGCCCAGAGCAAGAAGCUCUUCGUGAACAAAUUCCAUCAGAACUUCCACCCCUUUGGCUACGAUUGUCUUGAGGAGCUCAUCGCAAACCGCACCCGGGACACUUACCUCGGUAAUCUCGAUUUUGAUUCCAGAUAUUACGAAACUUUGGGAUUUGUUGAGAACAAAAUAUAAUGCAACAUGGAAAGCAUAUUUGUUUGCAUUAAGUUGUAUGCUUAAAAUUGUAUUAAUGUUAAUCUAAGUGUGAAAGAUUAAUUGUAUUCUAUAUAUAGUAUAUUUGUAUUUAUGAUAUAGCUCCGAAUUUAAAAACAUUAAUCAUGAAUACUAUGUUAAGCAUUAAAUAAAAAUGUAUAUUAAUUCUAAAUUAGAAAAAAUCAUAUUGUAGUUGGAUUUUCAUCAAGUUCAAUAGCUACGGAAAUAAGAUUUGUGAUUAACAUAUUUCAUUGUGUUAAAUGUGUUGUACAAUAAUUUUGUAUUAAGUAAUCCGUAUUCAGAAAACACAUUUACAAUGGCAUCCUUUCUUUACAUCAAAAUUUAGGUUGUUAUAAAAAAAAAUACUCGUGCGUUUGAUUUGUUUUCUAUAAAUGUAUUUUAACAUCGAUGAGUUUAAAAAUCUGUAAAAUUAAUUGCAUAUCAUUGAUAAAAAUUACUUGAAUGAAAGAUAUAUGUUAUAUCAAAGUUGUUUGAAGAUUAUUAAUCGGACUCGUCUUAUAUAAGGAGUGUAAAUAAUAACGUCAUUUCAACUUUAUGCCAAUAACUCUGGCCUACGUUUACUGUUCACACAUCGAAUAAGACAAUAAUCAAGCGUCAUUAUGGUGACAGAUGCGUCUAUAUGCAUUUAUAUUUCACAUCUAAAUCUUUAUAUAUUAAGACUGUAUAGGUCUUUAAGGGUCUUGUUCAUCUAGUUUUGUAUCGUUGAAACCCAUGACCUAGCCAGACAAAAUUAAGAAUCAGAAGGUAAUCCAAUUAUUAAGUAAAAUAACCUGACAGGAAAUAAGUUAACAAACCUUGAAACAAAUGACGAAAACUAGUUAUAACUUCAUACGUAUGAACGCAAAGAGACACAUCUUCAUUUGAUGAUAUGCAUAUGAUUUAUUUAUGUUGUACAUUCUAUGAAUCCAUUACCAUUUCAUCAAACGCAUAAGAAAUAUACCAUAGUAAAAUAUCUGCAAUUAUUAUAUGAUAUGGUCUAUAAUUAUAUUUAUUAUGUUUCAUUGCGUAAGACUUAUACGUCAACAUACUGGAAUUCGUAAUGCAAGUCUGAGUGCGCAGUGGUUUGUUUUUCAUUAGUUCCUUUAAAUUUAUAUUCCAUUUCUAGUAUAUUUAAAUAAUGAGCUAGUCGUUAUCAUAAUAUGAGAUGAUUUGUUUUUUAAUAUAAAGCAUAGCUAUUAUUAUUCGCUUAUAAAAAACAGUAAAAACUCAGUUAUUCGUGUAUAUACAUUGCAGACAUAAUAACUCGAAUUAUACUGUGUUUGUAUAUUGAAAAAGUGAAGACAUAUAAUGUGAAUAUGUUAUAUAAUCGAAAAUAUCCGUGUAUUUUUAAAUAACGUUUAUUAUAUGAUAAUGAACGUCUUUUGUCAGAUGUACUACACGAUUCUUUCAAACUACUAACCAUUGCGACACUUAGUGUUUGGUGUGAAAUGUUCGACAAAGCGAUGUUUUACCGAAGAAGUGUGUUAUUUAUCCAAGAAGGAUGUGGUUCAUAUCCAUUGAAAAAGCAUAUCGGUCACGAGGUGUGGCAGUUUUCACCGGUCACGAGAUGUGGC